AUGCACACGGUUCGAGGGCUGGAUAGUGAGGGUGUUCAAAAGCCAGUUGGGACACGGUCGUCGGCCUCAUCGUCUGAGGCGUCGUCAUCACCACCCGGGGCUACUACUGUGCGCGGUGGCAGGCGACUGACCCCUGAUACGGGAUCCGAGGAUGAAGAUGAGGAUGAGCUUGAGGGGGAUGAGGGACCGGGAAGGCGACUCUCGGAUGGUUGCGAAUCGUCAUCAAGACGGCAACGGCGGCGGCUGUAUAAUCCCGAGGAAGAGAGAUCCGUUGUACGCAAAUUCGACCGGAAGUUGGUGGUGUUCCUGGCCGGGUUGUAUCUGCUGAGCUUCCUCGACCGGUCGAACAUUGGCAAUGCCCGCAUUGCCGGUAUGGACGAUGACCUCCAGUCCGUGCCGCCGCGCGAUGAUUGGUACAUCUGGUCGGUUGCCGCCUUCUACAUAGCGUACAUCGCCUUCGAAUGGAUGGCACUGCUUUGGCGGAUCAUCCCCGCGCACAUCUACGUCGCUGCCCUCGUCCUCUCAUGGGGUGUGACGGCUUCACUGCAGGCCGUAGCUGUGAACUACCCCAUGCUUAUCUUCUUACGGACCGUGCUGGGGAUCGGGGAGGCAGGCUUUACAGGCGUGCCGUUCUAUCUGUCCUUUUUCUUCAGGCGGAGCGAGCUGGCGUUUAGGACCGCCAUCUUUGUAUCAGCCGCCCCCUUAGCCACAACGUUCGCCUCCUCCCUCGCCUGGCUGAUUCUCAAGCUUGCCGAAUCCGGCCCCAUCGCCCCCUGGCGGUUGCUCUUCCUAAUCGAGGGCUUCCCGUCGAUCCUCGCCGCUGCGUUAGCAUGGAACAUCGUUCCCGACUCGCCCCAAACCGCGUCCUACCUGACUCGGCGGGAAAAGAAAGUCGCCCGCCUGCGCCUCGAGGACGAAAAGACUCCCACUCCUCGCCACGGCGUAAGCAGCAGCAGCAGCAGCAGCAGCAAGCCCGUCUCUGCAGCGCGCGACACCCUGGCCGUCUUCUCGGACCCCGCGGCGUGGCUCACGUCGGCCAUCUUCUUCCUCACCAACCUGGCCUACUCGUCCAUGCCCGUCUUUCUGCCCACCAUCCUCCGCUCCAUGGGCCACGACGCCGUAUCGGCCCAGGCGCUCGCCGCCCCGCCCUACCUGGCCGCCUUCUUGAUCGUGCUGGUCACGGCCUACGCCUCAGACGCGAUGCGCGCCCGCGCGCCACUGCUGAUGGCCCACGCCCUGGCGUCGGCGGCCGGGUACGCGGUGCUCGCGCUUUCCUCGUGCGACUGGCUCCCCCUUGGCCCGCUUGAGCCCGGCAGCUGGGUGCGCUACCUCGCCGUGUUCCCUGCCGCCGUGGGCUUCUUCAACGUAGUGGUCCUGACCAUCGCGUGGAGCAUCAACAACCAGCGCGGCGAGGCCCGGCAGGGCGCCGGGUUUGCCCUGCUGCAGGUCGUCGGCCAGUGCGGGCCACUAGUGGGCACACGGCUGUACCCGGACAGGGACGCGCCCUAUUACACGAGCGGCAUGGCGGUUUGCGCCGGGGCCAUGUUGAGCGUUGCGCUGCUCGCGGCGGUGCUGAGGGGCUAUCUGGCGAGGGUGAAUAGGCGGUGGGAUGAGGAGGAGGCGGGGCGGGGAGGGGACGAUGAGGGAGAAGAAGGGGAGGCGUUGGUGGGAAGUACCACCGGUGUGAGAACGUCACCGUUUCGGUAUAUGCUGUGAUUUUUUACUGGGUUUUAGAUUGGAGUUACGGAUGGAAUUGGAUAGUGGUACUAGUGCUAGAGGGAAAACUUAGUUCAUCUGCGUUCAAGCUGGCUAAGGCAAAGGGCGUUUUGUUGUCUUACUUCAUUUUGAUUACGUCUUGUGGUAAUACUGAUGCGAACUACACCUACAACUGCGGACUAGCAAGUGGUUAAGGACAGACGGGCAGGCGGAAGCUACAGUUAGAGCGAUGUCAAUAGCACAACCGACUAGAUUGAUAGGUAUAAGUACAGUACACACGGUCAACCAUUGUAUAAGC